GCUAGUCUUCACUCUUCCAAACUUCACGCCGCCGCCUCCGACCGCCAUUCUCCAGUCUUCUCCGCGCAGACCGCGUCUCCACUCUCCAGCGCAGCACCGCUCUUCCGCUCUUCGUCCACUACCAGACGGCGGUCCAGGUCGCCGGUCUCGCCAGUCGCCUCCAGCCCUUUUCUCCCACUCCCAUUCUUGCCGGUCAGCGAACGCUCAGGCGCCCAGCGUGGCUGCGGCCAGCGUGAUUGCGUAAAGCCUCGCGAGUGAAGUCACGCCUUCUCUCUCGCUCUCACAGAGUCUCGGGCUAACUCUCUCACUCUCACUCUCACUUCGGCGAGCUAGAGAAUCAGGCAGGCAGGCAGGCAGGGUGGUGAAUCGGCGAUAACCUCCGGGAUCUCCGCUGUCUCCGCUUUCCAGGUCAAGUUUUGAAUUGUAGAUGAGUGAUUAUCUGAAAAUGCUUUGUUCGCAUCGAAAGGAUGUUCUCUUUCUGAUAUACAUUAUUAACUUCAGCCUCAUUGGUCCAGCACCGAGUCAUGGGAGUAAGCAUGAGACCAAAGUCCUGAAUGUUGGGGAGGAGCUACAGAAGGAAACUAUUCCAUUGCAGUCAGGAUCCCGACUGUACCAUUUGCAGGGACUGAAAUCUCACACUUGGUAUGAAGUAAAGAUAUCUUAUCCUGCUUCUCAGAUACCAGCUACUUUUUCUUUACAACUCAAGAAAGAUAGUUCAGGGUUGGAGCUAAAUAGGGAAAGAAAAUUACUGAACACUGAAAAAUUAAUAUUCAAGACUGAUGUCUUGAACUUGCUUGAUAACCAGGGUGCUAUGUUUGUACUGGUAACUGUGGAGCCUGAGGGGGUUGUUGCAAUACGUGGAGUGCAAGAAAGAAAAUUCAUCAUAUUCAAUAUAGUUUGUGACGAACUAUAUUUAGGCAUUCCAGAGAAAGCAUGGUAUGUUGUCGUGUUGGUAAUACUGUGCUUGGUUGUUGCAUUUGUGAUCCCAUCUUUUCUCCCACCGUAUCUUCUACCAAGGAGUCAAAAUCGAAAUAUACUGGAUCAGGUAAUAUCUAAGGAUUCUUAACUAUGUCGUACUUGACAAUCUCUGUAGCUGUGAGUCUCGAUUUUUAUUUUUUUAAAUAAUCUUAUAGGCUGUUGAUUUGUGACCACUUUGAACUAUAUUCAUUUAUGUCUUCAGUCUAAUGUAUUGAAGUGUAAUCCAUUGGAUAUCUUCAGGCUGUGAAAUGAGAGUUUUAUACUUCACUAUCCUUUAAA